AUGACGAUACGUGUGCGUGAGUCUACGGAGGACGACAUUCCCGCCAUUGCUCGCAUAGCUUCGGCGGCCUUUCACCCGGAAACAGAUGCCAUUGCAGCCCGGCUAUUUCCUGCUCGGCUCGCUGGAGAAGGCGAAGCCUAUUCCUGGCGAUAUGCCAAAAAGACGGCAAGCCUGAGUUCCACAGACGCCAUCAUGGUCGUAGCCGUCGACGACUCUCUAAACGACCAGGUGGUGGGCUUUGCUCUGUGGGAUGUAUACAGACAAUCGCAGGCGGCCAAUCAACCCCCGUCUGCCGCUCAACAACAGCCACCACCCUCGUUCGACCAGGAGGCGUAUGCAGAGCUCCGCGCUAUCGUUUCAGCCGACCACCAGGAGAUGUUCGGAGAAAGAGGCAUCAAGGACGUCUGGCAUCUUGAUUACCUCGGGGUGGACCCGCAGCAGCAGCGGAAGGGGAUCGGGAAGAUCCUUUUGGACUGGGGCAUCAGCCGGGCGGCGAGCGAAGGAAAGGACUGCUAUUUGCUGGCGACGCCUGCCGGGAAGACGCUGUACGACAAGACGGGCUUUGAGGAGGUGAGGACCGUGCCAAUAUUUGGUGUUUUGCACACCUCCAUGAUACUUAGACACGGCAAAUGA